GGGACCUCUCUCAAAUUGCUUGAGUUAUAAAGAAAGUUGGGAAAGGAUUAUAAUAGCCAACCUUAAUCCAUCCACAGCUCUUUUUCUGCAACCAGAACGGUCUCCAAAAACACAUUAAAAGGAGCCACCGCAUCGCUGAGUUGUUGCCACUAUGCCAGCUACCUGGUCACCACCCUGCUUCUUGGCCAAGUUGAUGUGCUUAUGGGGUCUCUGCCAGGCCCAGUACCUAGGCUACCCACCGGGUUACCCGGACCCCUACGUGGAGACCUACACUCCCCCAGAGCUCCCCGCCGACACCCCCAGGAUACAGCUGCGCCUCGCCGGGGACAAACGCAAGCACAACGAGGGCCGCGUGGAGGUGUACUACGAAGGAGCGUGGGGGACUGUCUGCGACGACGACUUCACCAUACAUAAUGCGCAUGUGGUGUGCAAGGAGCUGGGCUAUGUGGAGGCCGUUUCCUGGUCCCCAUCGUCCAAGUACGGGAAGGGAGAAGGGCGUAUCUGGUUUGACAAUGUCCACUGCACUGGGAAGGAGAAGACCCUGGCGCAGUGUCCAUCUAAUGGCAUCGGGGUGUCUGAUUGCAAACACUCUGAGGACGUGGGGGUCGUGUGCAGUGACAAGAGGAUCCCAGGAUUCAAGUUUAUCAACUCUUUGUCCAACAAUAUAGACAGCUUAAACAUCCACGUGGAGGACGUCCGCAUCCGCGCCAUCCUGUCCUCGCUGCGCAAGCGGACCCCGGUAACGGAGGGCUACGUGGAGAUCAAGGAUGGCGGCCGCUGGAGGCAGAUUUGUGACGAGGAGUGGACGCAGGAAAACAGCCGUGUCAUCUGUGGAAUGUUCGGCUUUCCCGGGGAGAAGCGCUACAACACCAGAGUUUACAAGAUGUUUGCCCGCAGGAGGAAGCCAGCCUAUUGGGACUACGCCGUCAACUGCACCGGGAAUGAGGCCCACCUCUCGGGCUGCACCCUGGGUCAGGCCCUCGCCACCAAGGGCAACAACACGUGCGGACGGGGCCUCCCCGUGGUGGUGAGCUGCGUCCCCGGCCGCUCCUUCGCCCCGACUCCCAUGACGGGCUUCAGGAAAGCCUUCAGACAGGAGCAAUCCCUGGUGCGUCUGAGAGGUGGAGCGGUGGUCGGAGAGGGCCGUGUGGAGGUCCUGAGAACCGGUGAAUGGGGCACCAUCUGCGACGACAACUGGAACCUCAUGGCCGCCACGGUCGUGUGCCGAGAGCUGGGCUUCGGCAGUGCCAAGGAGGCCCUCUCGGGCGGACGCCUUGGACAGGGGAUGGGCCCCGUUCACCUGAACGAGGUUGCUUGCACAGGCUUUGAGAAGUCCAUCGUUGACUGCAAAUUCACAAUGGACAACGAGUCGGGAUGCAGUCAUGAGGAGGACGCAGGUGUACGGUGCAAUGUCCCCGCCAUGGGCUUUCAACAAAGGCUUCGCCUCAGUGGUGGUCGGAGCCCGUUUGAAGGCCGCGUGGAGGUGUUAAUGGAGAAGAACGGCUCGCUGGUGUGGGGCACCGUGUGCAGCGAGGGCUGGGGCACCAUGGAGGCCAUGGUGGUGUGUCGGCAGCUGGGUCUGGGCUUUGCCAGCAGCGCCUUCCAGGAGUCGUGGUACUGGAUGGGGCUGGUCAGUAACGACGCGGUGGUGAUGAGCGGCGUGAGGUGUUCGGGGACGGAGAUGAGCCUGUCUCACUGCCUCCAUCACGGAGAAUUCCUCAGCUGCCCCCGCGGAGGAGGACGCUACACUGCCGGAGUCUCCUGUUCUGAGACGGCCCCAGACCUGGUGCUGAACCCCCAGGUGGUGGAGGAGACGACGUACCUGGAGGACCGGCCCAUGUUCAUGCUGCAGUGUGCCUACGAGGAGAACUGCCUGGCCACCACGGCCAGCUCCACUCCGGCUAACUCCUUCCGCCGCCUGCUGCGCUUCUCCUCACAGAUCCACAACAACGGCCAGUCGGACUUCAAACCCAAACUGAACCGAGAGUCCUGGGUCUGGCAUGACUGCCACAGGCAUUAUCACAGCAUGGAAGUGUUCACCCACUAUGACCUCCUGAGUCUGAACGGCACCAAGGUGGCCGAGGGUCACAAGGCCAGCUUCUGCCUGGAGGACUCUGAGUGUGAUGAAGGCAUUGAGAAACGGUAUGAGUGUGCAAACUUUGGUGACCAGGGCAUCACAGUUGGCUGCUGGGAUACCUACAGACAUGAUAUUGACUGCCAGUGGGUGGACAUUACGGAUAUCAAGCCGGGAGAUUAUAUAUUCCAGGUUGUUCUCAACCCCAGCUAUGAAGUUCCAGAGUCAGACUUCUCAAAUAACUUGGUGAAAUGCAGAUGUCGCUAUGACGGCCACCGCAUAUGGAUGUACAGUUGUCACAUAGGUGGUUCGAUGAGUGAGGAGGUGGAAGAUACUUUCCCUGGUCUCCUGAACAACCAGGUAUCCCACAGGUAAAAGGAGAGAAGCCAGCAGAGAGGACCCGAGGGAGCCAAUCGGAACCCAGCCCAGCCGUGAGAUUACCCAAUGCCCUUAACCACUACAGCCCUCGUGUUUCCACAUGAGCACGACCUGAACUGCUCAGAGACACGUGCAUCUCAUCCCAGCACAGUCUGCUUCGUGGCGUCUUUUUACGCUGAUAGAGGCUUUUUCCAUCAAACGUCAUGCCCUGGAGUAGGGGAAAAUCUUUCACCAAGAACUAUGCUCCUCCAAACGGGUUUGGCGCCAAAGGGAUACACAAUCUUAAGAGAUGGUGCUCAUGCCUUGUGUUGAAGCCAGCCAAGUUCUCUGUACAACGGUAGUGUUAGUUGUCAGAUGAGAUGCACUGUGUUUCUGUGAAGCAAGCUCACUUCAAACAUGAAAGGGAAUUCAGAUGCACUUUGUUUACUUAAACGGAACAUGUGGUUCAGGUCAUUUUGUCAGUUGGGAAAUAUAAUAGUCUUAUAACUACUCACCAUAUCUCUAAUAUUGAUUGAAUAUUGUUACCUGCCAGUAGAGAUGCAACAUUGCUAUCCAUCAGUGCCUUCAUCAAUGCCGUUUACAUCCCAAAGCCAGUAUUCUUCAUCUCAGAGCGAGCAGGGCCCUUCGAGGACAUGCAGGCACCACUGCUUGGAUAUGCUCAGAUGAUGCACUGCACAGAGCUCACUUGUGACGGAUUGAGAUGUUACAUAUAACCUCCCAUUCAAGAAGGCCACAGUAUGAACACUGAGGUUGGAGUGUACUGUACGUCUAGAGACACAGAGAUGAGGAUGAACCCUCCCCUCCUUCACUGGCAGGGGUUCACAUUGUGGUCACUAUGGUUACUCAUUGCAAGCCACUAAUCACAGUGAAGUCACAGUAUGACCACAUCCACACUUAGUGCCUUUAGUAUCAGGACUGACCUGACCAUUCUGAAAGGUUCUCUUUCACUUGUGAUCAGACUCCUGGGUGGUGUUGAAUCUGUUUAGCAAAAUUACAGUAUGUGUCGGUACAGUAGUGUUUUAAGCUCAAAUGGAAAAGCAAAUAACUUAUCCAUAUUGUUUCACAUUUCAUAUUCAUCUAAACACUGGUAAAUAUAGUUAAAAUAAAACAGUUAAGCCUUCCAUUUUAGAUAUUCACAAUGGUACUGGUGUUUUAAUACCAUAUAGCUAUACUUAUAGACAGUUAAGGUUAAAUAUAGUUACAAUUCUAUAAAUGAAUAUAGGUACAUUUCUUUGUUUUUCCGUCCACAGAUUUGUAUUCUAUAUCACUGAGAUUUGUAUUAAGCUACACUAUGUUCAUCAAUCGUGGUCUGGUUACAUUAAUUAUACUGACGGACUGACCUAUCCCUCCAUAUCAAUCUGCUCAACAUCUGUCAGAUCAUAGUAUGUCCAUCAUUAUAAAGGUUAUAUUAAAAAUGCAUACAAGGCUUGAAAUCUGCCUGUCAUAUCUGAAUCUUAAUGAUCUUGUAUACGGUCAUAGGUUUCGCCUUGCCUCAUUUCACCUCAAUUCAUCAUGAACAUUUCAACAUCUUUCAGCAUUUUUUUCAUUUUUUUUUUUAAGAAAAAUUGUUUUGGUAUUUAUUGAUAUGUCAGGGAGUCUCGUUGUCUUCUUUGAAAGUAUUCUCCUCUUAUUGGUGCUAAAAAAAGCAAUAUCCUCUGUUUUUUGAGGGUACUUGUCACCUGAAUGACCAUGUUAUAUAUAUAUACACUUACUUGAAUGGAGUGUAAAAAUCCAUGUUGUGCAUUUUUUAAACUGUAAUAAAUACAUAUAUCACAUUGCA